CCAAUCUAAAGCCUUUUCAUUUUUUGUUGGCCGGUGGGAUAUUCUUUAAAUGAGUUCUAGGCAAAUCUCUCUAUUCAUUCCAUUUUUAUAAUCCCCCCGAUCGGCAAAACAACUUCAGUUUCAUAAACUUGUCUGAAUAAUUGAGAGAGAACACAACUCAAAAGAUUCAAUUUUUUUUUCAUUACUCUAAUAAAAGAUUCGAUUUUUAUACACAAUUUUUUUUAAUCCCCACAUAUAAUUGAAGAAAGAGAGAGAGACAGAGAGAGCACACAAAAGUGGAAGAAGGAACGAAGAACGAGAGAUAUGAGAGCUGGUUUAAGUACGAUUCAACAGACUCUGACGCCGGAGGCUGCCACCGUUUUAAACCAAUCUAUCUCCGAAGCGGCGCGUCGUAACCACGGCCAAACCACUCCUCUCCACGUUGCUGCCACUCUUUUAGCUUCCCCUGCUGGCUUCCUCCGACGAGCUUGUAUCCGAUCUCACCCCAAUUCUUCCCACCCUUUACAGUGCAGAGCCCUCGAGCUCUGUUUCAGCGUCGCCUUGGAGCGUCUCCCUACAGCUACGGCCACUCCUCCUAAUAAUGAUCCACCCAUCUCAAACGCGCUUAUGGCGGCGCUUAAACGAGCUCAAGCCCACCAACGCCGCGGGUGUCCUGAGCAGCAACAGCAGCCUUUGUUGGCCGUUAAAGUCGAGCUUGAACAGCUCAUCAUCUCGAUUUUGGAUGAUCCGAGUGUGAGUCGGGUUAUGAGAGAAGCUAGCUUCUCGAGUCCGGCGGUUAAAGCUACAAUUGAACAGUCGUUGAACAAUUCUUCGACGCCGGUCGUUCCGAGUGUUUCUUCCGUCGGGUUGAAUUUUAGACCCGGUGGAGGAGGUGGAGCUCCGAUGACGAUGACCCGUAAUUCUUAUCUUAACCCACGGUUACAGCAGAGCGCUACGUCGGCGCAGCAAUCAGGAGGGGUUGUUAAUAAGAACGAUGACGUGGACCGGGUUAUGGAUAUAUUGGGUCGGGCAAAGAAGAAAAACCCGGUUUUGGUUGGGGAUUCGGAGCCGGGUCGGGUGAUUCGUGAGAUCUUUAAGAAAAUUGAGGUCGGAGAAGUUGGGAAUUUAGCGGUGAAGAGCUCAAAGGUGAUUCAUUUAGAAGAGAUCAAUUCGGAUAAGGCUUUGAGAAUUAGGGAAUUAGAUGGGUUGCUUGAGACUCGUUUAAAGAACUCUGAUCCUGGCGGUGGUGGUGUGAUUCUCGAUCUUGGGGAUUUGAAAUGGCUUGUGGAGCAACCGAGCGCAACGCAACCGCCGGCUACGCUUGCGGUGGAGGUUGGGAGGACUGCGGUGGCGGAGCUACGGAGGCUUUUGGAGAAGUUUGAAGGAAGACUCUGGUUUAUUGGAACAGCGACGUGUGAGACUUAUCUAAGGUGUCAAGUUUAUCAUCCUUCAAUGGAGACUGAUUGGGAUCUUCAAGCUGUGUCUGCAGCAGGUAAAGCUCCGGCCUCCGGCGUUUUCCCGAGGCUUGCGAACAAUUUGGAAUCAUUCACGCCAUUGAAGAGCUUUGUGCCUGCGAAUAGGACACUGAAGUGUUGUCCACAGUGUUUGCAGAGUUACGAGCGAGAACUCGCUGAGAUUGAUUCAGUGUCUUCUCCAGAGGUUGUUAAAUCAGAAGUAGCUCAGCAGAAACAGUUGCCACAGUGGCUGUUGAAAGCUAAACCUGUUGAUCGUUUACCGCAGGCAAAGAUUGAAGAAGUGCAGAAGAAAUGGAAUGAUGCGUGUGUGCGUCUUCAUCCUAGCUUUCAUAACAAGAACGAGAGGAUUGUUCCGAUUCCGGUUCCUAUAACGUUGUCGACAAGCUCUUAUGGUCCUAAUAUGCUUCUUCGUCAGCCGUUACAGCCUAAGUUACAUCCCAAUAGAGAGUUGCGUGAGAGGGUGCAGUUGAAACCUAUGAGCUCUUUGGUGGCUGAGCAGGCCAAGAAGAAGAGCCCUCCCGGGAGCCCGGUUCAGACAGAUCUUGUUCUUGGACGAGCAGAGGAUUCAGAGAAAGCUGGGGAUGUGCAAGUGAGAGAUUUUCUCGGCUGCAUAUCUUCUGAAUCAGUGCAGAACAACAAUAAGAUCAGUGUUUUGCCUAAGGAGAAUCUUGGGAAUUCGUUAGACAUUGAUUUAUUCAAGAAGCUCUUGAAAGGAAUGACCGAGAAAGUUUGGUGGCAGAACGAUGCAGCAGCUGCGGUGGCUGCAACAGUUAGUCAAUGCAAGCUAGGGAACGGGAAACGACGUGGUGUUUUAUCAAAGGGAGAUGUCUGGUUACUGUUUUCAGGACCGGAUAGAGUUGGGAAGAGAAAAAUGGUGUCGUCUCUGUCUUCCCUUGUGUACGGGACGAAUCCAACCAUGAUUCAGCUCGGCUCGAGGCAGGAUGCUGGAGAUGGGAACCCUAGUUUCCGUGGUAAAACCGCGUUGGAUAAGAUUGCGGAAACUGUAAAGAGGAGUCCGUUUUCUGUUAUCUUGCUUGAAGAUAUUGACGAAGCGGAUAUGUUGGUGCGUGGAAGCAUAAAACAGGCGAUGGACAGAGGCAGGAUUCGUGACUCGCACGGCCGUGAGAUCAGUUUAGGUAACGUGAUCUUUGUUAUGACAGCGAGCUGGCGUUUCGCAUCAGAGACGAAAACGUCGUUCCUAGACAAUUGAUACUAAGAUUUUUGUGUC